AUUUCUGGACGCGUCACCUGCCUAGGGGUGAAACCGGAAGAGCUCGAGCCCUUAUUGUUACUUUAGUUCACGUCUUCAUCGGGAGGAAACUCUCCGUGGAUCUCAGCUCAUUAAAACUUGUUUUUAUUCCCCCCCCCCCCCCCCUCUGCGCGGGCGUCGAGGCUCCUCGCGCUCCCAGCCGAGCAGGGCGCGAGGAGCAGAAAGCCUCCCACGCCCUGUCCGCCCACGCGCGGAUUUGCGUCACGCGGGAGCGUGGGCGUGAAGCGCUGUAGCAACCGCGGAAUAUCCCGGUGACACACACACACACACACACACACACACACACACACACACACACACACACACACACACACACACACACACACACACACACACACACGCGCAUACACACACAAACACACGCACCAGCGCGUACACGCAUGCAUGCGUGCACAUGGAGCGCACGCGCGCUCGACUGCAGUCGGCGUCUCGUUCAGUAAAGUUUCCAGCAGCACGCGAGCACACGGCGCUCCGGACGGUUCAUCUGAGCGCGAUCUGCUGGAGGUACGACGGGCUCCCGGUGUGACGGCGUACGGUGUCCGGUAGGAAGGUGGUCGGUCCGGUGGUCCGUGGGUCGGUCGGUGAACCGUUGGUCGGUCCCGUUGUCCGGUGGUCCGGUUAUCCGGUGACCCGUCGGUGAACCGGUGGUCGGUCCCGUUGUCCGGUGGUCGGUGGUCCGGUGACGCUCGGGCAGGUAGCAGCUGUUCCUACAGCAUGGCGGCGGUGUUGCCCCGGACCCUGGGCGAGCUGCAGCUCUACCGCAUCCUGCAGCGCUCCAACCUGCUGCUGUACUACGACGCCUUCAUCCAGCAGGGCGGCGACGACGUGCAGCAGCUGUGCGAGGCGGGGGAGGAGGAGUUCCUGGAGAUCAUGGCGCUGGUGGGCAUGGCCAGCAAGCCGCUGCACGUGCGGCGGCUGCAGAAGGCGCUGCGGGACUGGGUGACCAACCCCGCCCUCUUCAACCAGCCGCUGGCCUCGCUGCCCGUCUGCAGCAUCCCCGUCUACAAGCUGCCCGAGGGCUCCCCGGGGGGGGGCGGCAAGACGCCCAAGGGCCCGGCCGCCGCCGCCGCCGCCGCCGCCGACCCGGGGCGGCCGGAGGCGGGGCGGGACAAGGCGGGGGGCGGGUCCCCUCCGCCGGCGGCCGCCGGAGACGCCCGCUUCUGGUCGGGCCACAGCAACGACAGCGAGCAGAGCCUGUCGCCCUCGGAGCUGGGCUCGCCGUCCUCGCCGCGGGACGGCCUGGAGGCGCUGGACCCGGCCGCCGUGCAGUCGGUGCUGGAGUGCGUGGAGCGCAUGGCGCCGGGCCUGCCCCGCAGCGAGCCCGCCGAGGUGCGGGAGCAGCUGAAGAACAACAAGAAGCUGGCCAAGAUGGUGGGCCACAUCCUGGACAUGGGCGAGGAGGAGCCGCGGCGCGAGGACGAGAUCCGCAAGUAUAGCGCCAUCUACGGCCGCUUCGACUCCAAGAGGAGGGACGGGAAGCAGCUCACCCUGCACGAGCUGACGGUGAACGAGGCCGCCGCCCAGCUCUGCAUGAGGGACGCCGCGCUGCUCACACGCCGGGACGAGCUCUUCGGAUUGGCCCGUCAGAUCUCCAGGGAGGUCACCUACAAGUACACCUACCGCACCAGCAAGUCGCGCUGUGGAGAGCGAGAGGAGCCCUCGCCCAAAAGGAUCAAAACAGAGGAGAACCUGUUUGACCUGCAGGAGGCGCUGCAGGCCAUCCACAUGAGGCAGGAGAUGCUGCGCGAACAGCUGGCCUCCGCCAAGUCCAAGGGGGAGGAGUCUGUGGGACGCAACUUGCAGGUCCAGCUGGAGCGCCUGCUGGCCCGUCAGAUGGAGAUCCUUCAGGACGCCGCGGUGCAGGAGAGACUGCAGGCUCUGGAUUGGAGGAUCCCUCCCUCCGCCCUGAAGUACCUCAGCGACGCCCACGUUACCAACGGCAACUCAGCCGCCGACAACGGCCGCGAGAGCUUAGACGAGCGGCCAAUCAACCUCCGGGUGGUGAGCCAGAACAUGCAGGAAGGGGACAUCCCGUUGGGCAAGCAACUAGCCAAUGAGCUGAAGCGUCAUCACAACAACCACAACAACAACCUCCAGAACCACAACACAGAGGACAGCCACGCUGCCGCUGCAGAAAACGGAAUCCUGCACCAGCGGGUUCUCAGCAACGCAGACAAGAAGACCAUCAAGUCGGAGCCCGAAGACUCCCCAGAGUGACCUUCGACCCCCCCCCCCCCCCGCCCAGCUGGUCCUCCCCCAGUUUGCAGUCGUCAUCCCGGACACUAAGCACAACCCUCGUAGCGCCUUAACAACCGAUGUUGCCUCAUGAAUAGCCUUUAUUUUCUUUACUUUUCAUUUGAGGGGCCAACAGAGUGUUGUGGCCGAGCCGUGGACCCCGCGGUGGUCUUCAUCUCACGGGUCGUGUCCUGUUUCCACCAUGCGUAUCGGUUUGACCCCACCCCAGAGUCCCUGUUCCUGCCUGGCAACAGGCUCCUCGGUUGGGACCAAAUCACCAGGAACCCCUUAAGGUCCACCUUAAGUUAGACUGACGGCUCCGGCCGCCUCACCUUAAGUUAGACUGACGGCUCGGGCCGGUCCACCUUAAGGUAGACUGACAGCUCCGGCCUGUCCACCUUAAGUUAGACUGACGGCUCCGGCCGGUCCACCUUAAGUUAGACUGACGGCUCGGGCCGGUCCACCUUAAGUUAGACUGACGGCUCGGACCGGUCCACCUUAAGUUAGACUGACGGAUCGGGCCGGUCCACCUUAAGUUAGACUGACGGAUCGGGCCGGUCCACCUUAAGUUAGACUGACGGCUCGGGCCGGUCCACCUUAGGUUAGACUGACGGAUCCGGUUAGUCGGGUCAGUUCAGUCUCAGUUCAGUUCAUCAGCUCGGUUAAUAACUAAGUCUGUGUGGUGGGGUCACGAGGGGUCUGGUCUGGUAGGG